CUCUUUAUUUCUCCUAUCUCAUUAUUUACUAUUAGUUAACAUUAUAUGAACAACAUCCAUGUCCAUGAAAAGAAGCAAGAAAAUAAAGAGUGGUUUUAUGUGCCAUUCAACAGCAGUUUGCAGUGUAAUUGUGCCAACAAAAUCCAAAUAUUCAAGACUUGUCGACUCACCAUUGUCUCUUCCACCUCCCACUACUAACCCCCAAUCACCUUCUUCAUCUCAUCAUCUUUUUCAGGUGGUUGUUAUGCGAGUUUCACUUCAUUGCCACGGUUGUGCUGGUAAAGUUAAGAAACACCUCUCUAAAAUGGCAGGAGUAACAUCAUUCAGCAUAGAGCUAGAGGCAAAGAGAGUAACUGUGAUGGGGCACAUCUCACCUGUGGUAGUCUUGGAGAGCAUUUCAAAAGUCAAGAAGGCUGAAUUUUGGUAUUACUAAUGAAAAUUAGCAUGCCAUAUUAAUAUUCCACCAAACUAAACUGUUAUUUUAUGAAGAAACAAUUGUACCAUUUGCUUCUCAACUUUUCGAAAUUUGUUAUUUAAAUUUUUCGACUUUUAUUUUCUUAA